ACAUAUUGAAAGAAUUACACCCCAAGACAGUUUAUGAGUUUAUAUUAACACAAUGGGCCACAAAUUGCUACUAGGACACUUUCUUCUAACUUCUUUACCUUUUUCCACUUUGUCCUAACUAGUUUAGUCUAACCGUAACUUCUCUAACUAGUUUACUGGCGGGAACACCUCUCAACCGCCCAUCUCUUAUUAUCAUCCGACGGCCCAGCUUCAUCCUGACACAUAUGACAAGACUUAUAUCUGUCUAAUUUUUCCACCCUUAGAUCCACCUUUUUCUUUUUUUUUUCAAUGGUCCAGAUUUAUCUUUCCUGUGUCUCCUUCCAUCAUCGAUAAUUUAGGCCACUCUUGUAAUCUUUUUUUUCUAGAGAACAGAGGCCGUAAUCUUCAGCCGUUGUUAUCUCUGCAAAACUCUCUUCUCGAAUCCUUAACAAAACAAUCAGCGCUAAUUUAGUGGGUUCGCAAAUGUCGUCUCACUGCAUGGUCAUUCCUGGCGAAUGGUCCUCCGCCGACGGUCGUUGGAAUUUUAUAAUUGACAAGGAUAAGAUGUCUAGGAUCGUCCCGGUACGUCCCGACAUGAAUCUCUCGGAGUUAAAAACCAACGUUACGAAGGAGUUCUUCACGGAAACAGAGAUCGGAGCUCCUCCUGUCUUGAGUUACUGGCCUCCUAAUACCAAAGAGCUUGUCACCGGGGUAACUACACCGCCAGUCAUAAUGACAAAUGAUGGUGCUCUUGCAUAUUUCUUUCUUCACUUGGAAGCUCACCGAACAAUGAACAUGUUUGUCACUUUCGAAGCCAUUGCAGUCACCCAACAACGUAGUCAAGUGGCCGAGAAUCCCUUACCCUUCACCACACCUAAUCAACCUAUCAAAAGCAACCUCAACCCGUUUCGUCCCCCUUCCACCGCAUCCUCCAAAAUCCCAUCAUUCUCCCUUUUUGAAGACGACGACCUCAUUGCAGACACACCCACUUAUCACCCCCUUGUUAACAACACCCCCCCACAUUUUGGAGGUACCUCUCUGGACGACCCUGGUCCUCCCAAAAAACAUCGUUUUUCUCUCAACGAUGAGACUCUCUCAUGUGGAGAUGAGAUGUUGGAACAAAUGUUCAAGGAAGACCCUGAUAACAUCCCCGAUAGUUGGUUAGAAGUCGAGGACGAGGACACUCCCUCAGAAAGCUCCCAACCCCCCGACACCGAUGGUGUUCCGCCUGCAGCCUAUGAUCACGAUUUUUGGGAUCCUUUAUUAGAUGAACACCUCGGCGCAUCAGAUGUAGCUGAGGUAAUGGCCGGGAUUCAAGUUCCCAAAACUGCCCCCCACAUAAUACACUGCACCACUGGCAAUGCUUUCGAUCAUACAGUCCUUUUAUCUGGUGAGGAGACUACUGAUUGGAAGAAAGAUCUAAACUUUCACGGUGUACACCAGAGGGAACGUCCACAUGGACAAUCUUCAUCCAAGUCCACAUCCACUCCACAUUCAGAUGGGUCCACGCGUACACCUUAUUCUAUGUACACCGAUCGUCCUCAACAAAGCACCCCCAUACCGCCAGUGCGCGAGACACGCCCACUCUCUGAAAUUAGCGAUGAGGAAUUCGACGUACCUCCUCUCUUUGACGACAUCUCAUACGAAGCUGAUGACGUCCCUGACCUGAACUUCGACGACCCCGACGAAGAACCAACAGUGGGCAAGCUAUAUGCAUCUAAGCAGGACUGUCAAAUUGCCUUAGCUAUCUACGCAAUUAAGGAACGUUUCCACUUCAGGCAAACUCGCACCACAAGGCAUUCAUUUGUUCUUAGUUGCCACGACACUCACUGUGACUGGCGGAUAUUAGCACAAGAGCUCACCACUUGUGGGUACUACACUAUCAAAAAGGCGAACCUUGUACAUAUUUGCCCGUUCGAAUCUCGCGACCUUUACAAAAGACGAGCAACAUCCAAAGUUAUUGCCCACGUCUAUCGUUCCCGCUAUGGAGAACCAAAUGUUGGACCCAAAUCAGCGCAGCUGCAGCAGAUGAUUUUGGAAGACCUACGUGUUUCUGCUUCAUAUAUGAAGUGCCACAGGGCAAAAGGAAAAGCCAUAGAAAACACCAUCGGUAAUCCAGAGGAAUCCUAUCUGGACCUUGCUUCAUACUUUGAACGUCUGAAAGCCACAAACCCUGACACAGUCACAGCCAUUGAAACAGAAUUAGAUAACCUGAAUCAGACUCGUUUCCUUUAUGCUUUUCUAUCUUUUGGAGCUUCCAUCCAUGGUUUCCGUCGAGUCCGACCUGUUCUCAUCAUCGAUGGCACACAUCUCUCCGGGAAAUACAAAGGUGUUCUCCUCACGGCUAGUGGCCAAGAUGGCAACUUCCAGGUAUUCCCCUUGGCUUUCGCUGUUGUUGACGGGGAGACCGACGAGGCUUGGCACUGGUUCCUUACUAAAGUGGAAAGGAUAAUUGCUGAUUCUAACGCCCUCACCAUCAUUUCUGACCGUCAUGCCUCUAUUCUAAAAGCCAAGCAGAUCGUGUUCCCCAAAGCACACCAUGGGGCAUGUAUUGUACACAUUAUGCGGAACGUUGUCUCCCGUUACAAGAACAAAGGGUUGGCUAAGAUGGUUUGCCUUGUCAACAUCCCGUGAACCACUUUACCCGCCAACAUCCGGCGUACAGGCAAACUAAACAGCCUCCCGAAGCAAGAGCCCAAUAUUUGCCCCAUUUCAACACUACCCUUAAGCAAAUCCCUGACACAAAGCAGGAAAUCUGUGGUCGAAUACGUAUUAACCCUCUCACUAGGAAAGCGGUCUGUUGCAAAUAGCCUUCCGGGUAGACUUUCUUUAACGUCCUCCACCUCCGUCGAAUCUGUACGGAGUGAGAAAGAAAAAAGUAAAAAAUCAAACCCAAGGAAACUUGACAGCGGCGGGGGUGCGUUUAAAAAAAAAAAAUUACCCUCAGCAAUUUCUUUCCCACGAAGGCUCCGCCUCCGUGCGCUCGCGUUCGCUGCCCCCGUCUCUUCCCCACGUAUACUUCGCCGCUUCGACAUCGAGCCGUUCACUUUUUCUCCCCCGGAAAUCACCCUUUCAAUCGCUUUUAGGUUUUCUCACACCAGCCCUCGUUAAACGUGAAAGCAAGAGUGAAAAAUAAAAGAUGUUACGACACAAUUAAACCGCUCACUUAAAAUCGACGGGGCCCAGCUGGGAAUUUUGAAUUUCAAAUUUCAAAAGCCCAUCUAACUAAUGGAAGAGAAUACUGAUUCUGGUUACGGUUUCCUGGAGGGCAAUUUGAGUCAUUUCCCAUUGAAACUGCCCCACUAGCAACAACUGCCUUUAAGUGAUACAAUAACUUGGAAACUGCCUCCCAAUGUAAAUAACUCUAACAUAUUUGCCUUUUUUUUAUCUUGUUCAUGGUUGAUUUACUGAUUCAAUCAACCACAGCUGUUUCAGAUGUCUCCUCUGAUUCCGCCACUUCCAGACGACGUUACCGUUGACAUCAUAGCUCGUGUACCCAUAAGCCAUUACCCGACUCUCAACCGCGUUUCCAAGAGUUUCAGGAAACUCAUUGCCUCUUCUACGCUCUACAAGAGGCGAUCCCAGCUAGGCAUCACCCAACACCGUAUCUAUGCUGUCCUCCGCAGCCGCAACCCCCAAACUCGUGACUAUUUCAACUUCUACAUUCUCCACAGGAAACUCAACUCCAGAAACCGCUUGGUCCUCGUCGAAUCACUUCCUCUCAUGUCUUACCUUGGAAAAUAUGUCCCGGUUGGUUCGAAGGUGUACGUGUUUAACGAUCUCGAUGCGCUCAGCAUUGACUGCACCUCUCACAAGUCUCACCUCAUCUCUGACAUUCCUCAGCGCAUGUCUUAUAAAGUUGCUAAUGCCGUCGACAGGAAGGUUUACCUGAUUGGUGGUCUUUUUUUUUCGGAUGAAAGUGGGUCGUUGAAGAGUGCAGUCACGGUGUUUGACACAGAAACACAAUCAUGGGAGCCUAAGUUGGUAAAGGAAGACAUGCCUGUAGGUCUUGGUCCCUUUUUGUAUGAUUCUGUGGUGAUGGAGGGUAAGAUUUACAUGAAAGAUUACUGCAAGGGAAACUCUUUUGUUUAUGAACCAGAGGAAAGGAAAUGGGGAUUGAUGGACGAGGUGUUGAACUCUAAGGAAGAGUGGGAGAGGGCAUGCGUGGUUGAUGAUAUCCUCUACAAUCACGAUGUGUCUGAGAAUGUUUUGAGGGCGUAUGAUCCAAAGCAGAGCUGUUGGAGUGUUGUCAACGGUUUGGAGAAGUUUUUGGCUGUGGAGACUGCUCGUUCAAGGUGGUCUAGAACUGUUAACUACGGCGCGGAGAAGCUGGCUCUCUUCUUUCAUAAAAACCAAGACGGCAAAGACGUCAUUUUCUGUGCUGAGAUUGCUUUGGAAAGGCGCCAAGGAGGAGGAAUUUGGGGUGAGAUGGAGUCGUGUGAUGUUGUGAUUGAGGAUAGGCUGUUUUACCGGAUCAAAUUUGUUACUGUUACCGUUUGAUGCAGCAUAAUAAUAUCUCUAUUUAGAUC